AUGCUCCGCUGUAAUGCCGUGAAAGAGCCCCAAUCAGGUGAUCAUAGCGAGCGACAACUCGUCUCCCCUGCCAACUCAGUUCCUGAGGAUAACUUCACUUCAAGUUUGCCGAACAGCGAUGACAUCGGCAUCCUAGCUGGCUUGUUUGCAGAUAUCCCCUCCGAUACGAAGAUGUUGAACUCCCGAUUCAAAUCAAAGCUCGGCCGGAUCAGCAUCGAUGCUCCGAGUUCUCCGAAAUAUCGCCGUCGUGAUGCAAGCGACAUACAGGGACGAGAUUGGCUGAAACGCUUCAUGUCAUACGAUGGACGAUUUACGAUUUCUCAAUGGAUGUCAUAUCUGCGUCAAGAUAAAGAGGGGGUGUCUUUGUGUCUGGGACCCCCGAACCUUCCCCGGCCCCGGCCCGGCGUUCGGGAACGACACCCCCUCAACUGGCGGGGCAACACAAGUAUCAGUAGCACGGGAAGACCUGCAGGGUAG